AUGAAUUCUCUCCUUUUCCUUCUAUAUCUGAGUGUCUUUUUAAAAAUAGAAAGCAAAAGGGUCUUCUCCAAAGAGCUCCUCAAAGUGAAGGUUAUACAUCAGACGGAACCCUUUUUUAUACGAAACAAGCCAUUUUAUGUGAUAAGGGUGAAAAGAAAUAAAAUGGCUUCACAGUCGGUUGAUGAUGAAAAUAAUACUACCGAGUUAAGCCUCCUGAAGGAAGAGCCUCCCAAAAUUUAUAAAAAUAAAGAAUUCGAAGCAGGUAACUUCCCAAGUGUGGAAACCACCCCCAUGCGCCCCAAACUAACCAACAUACUUCUCGUCGUAGAUUAUGACGGUACAAAUUAUAGCGGCUGGACGGGCGUUGAAAACUGUAGCGAUAUUUACCUAAGGGCAACGAGAAAUUAUAAAAAUGAAAUAACUGGAAAGAAGAAGAUAACAAAGGGAGACUCCAAAUAUGAUACAGUGCAAAACACCAUCUUAAAUUGCUUGUUGCAAAUUCAUGGAUAUGGAUAUCAAGUUAAAAGAGAGGAAGAAGAUAUGAAGUCCAAUUUGAAGGCCUUUGAAUUUAUUGGGGUAAGUAGAACUGACAAGGGAGUCCACGCGAAGGAAUAUGUGUGCCAGUAUGUGUCUUAUGAAAAGCCUCCCCCGUGUGAUGGUAACUUACAUAAGAUCAAAAUGGCAUUAAAUGGUUUACUAAAUAAGGAUAUAAGAAUCUUAGGCGUUUUAAAUGCACCGUUCCCAGACUUCAAUGUAAGGUUUAAUAAUUUGGGGAAAAUUUACACCUACAAUUUUGAUAUUCGAAUUCCAAGCCAGCCUUUGGAGAGAAACUACGCAUGGCAACUGUAUGAUGACCCGAGGUUUGCAUUUCUCCUUCGGGGGAAUUCGAAAAAAAAAAAAAAAAAAAAAAAAAAAGAACAACUAGAGGAGGCCACGGAGCAGACCGUCCAAUACCAAAAUAACUGCAUAACGACAAACGAGUUGUCCAGUGAGAGGCUUCCCAUCGCCAGUGUAGACGAAAAUUUGUGUUACCCUCUUGGCGACCACGCCGCGCAAGUUGGCCCAGCGGUCGCUUUGGAGCAACCCACCUGUGAAGAAAUCAUUCGUGAAGCGGUCGUAUCUGAUGAUACGCACGGCAGGGAAAAAGCGGCCCAAUCGCCAACAGAACAACCUAUCGAACAUCCAACCGAAGUGCCAACCGAAGUGCCAACCGAAGUGCCAACCGAAAUGCCAACCGAAAUGCCAACCGAAAUGCCAACCCAACCAGAUGUUUCACACUGCCUGCACAUAAUAAACCGAGAGGGGGGAAUCAGCUCAACCAUCCCCUGCGACAUUGAGAAAAUGAAGGAGUGCUCCAAGCUCUUCAUAGGACAACACAACUUUGAAUUCUUUUGCGGGACCUUGAAAGGAACGGAGAAGGAAAGGAAGGUCAACCCAUUUUGCAACAUCUAUUAUUUGGAGUUGCACGAAUUAAGGAGUAAUAUUUACCAAUUUGUUAUCCAGGGAGAUAGGUUCCUCUAUCACAUGAUUAGAAUAAUAGUCGGCACUCUACUUCAGGUUGGAGUCGGACUGUUGCAAUACCAAGAUGUGCAAGAUGCCCUUCAUUUUCGCAAGCCACUCAAGGUAAAGCUCUGCGCCCCUGCACAGGGCCUCUGCUUGGCCAAGGUUCUGUUCCCUCCUGAUAUAAACGGACAGAUUUCUGCGGCCUUGCUCUCGCGUUAG